AUGAGAACAGACGAAAAAAUAUCUAAGUCUUCAUGGCCAAAGGUGGUGGCCAGAAAAUGGUUGAAAAUAAAUAGUGGUGCAGAAGAAUUUCACUCGGACUAUAGAACAAAGGCUUUUUCACAUAUGAGCGAAAGAAGAAAAAGUUGCUCCGACGAGGCACGCUCCGCCGUCGUACCAGAAGAAUUAUCUGAAGAUUGGUUGAUGGGAGUAAGUAACGAAAUCAAUCGGCCAGGAUUCGACCUGCAGGCCGCACCAUCACCUGUCAACAAUAGCCUCGACCACAGUCUUAGGAUGUUCAUGGGAACAUGGAAUGUAGGAGGCAAGCCUCCACACGAUGGAUUGAACAUCGAAGAUUGGUUAGGCACUACGGCAAAAGCUGAUAUAUACGUACUUGGAUUCCAGGAGAUAGUACCUUUGAAUGCAGGGAACGUACUCGGCCCAGAGGAUUGUGCUCCAGCAGCAAAGUGGCUUUCAUUGAUCAGAAAAGCUCUAAACCAUGAGCCAAACAACUCUAGUCACAAUAACAUCGUUAGUCCUAUGUUGAAACAGUCUCCGAGCCCAAACGAUCAACAACAAAAUACUCCGUAUCCAAGAGUCAGUUUUUCGGAUUUAAUGUCAUUAGAAGAUGAGCUCGAUCACGAGGGUUUUGAAAGAUUUUUGAGUUUGAGAUCAAGUUCAUAUUCUAGUGAAGAAGGUUUGCCUAGUCCACCAAGUGAGCCAGCUACACCUAGUAUGGUACAACAUCAAUAUCGACUCGUUGCAAGUAAACAAAUGGUUGGGAUCUUUCUAUGCGUAUGGGUUCGUGACGACUUGUGUCAACAGAUUAGCUCCUUGAAGGUCUCUUGCGUUGGAAGAGGCAUUAUGGGAUACCUCGGAAAUAAGGGAUCGAUAUCUCUCAGCAUGACAUUGUAUCGAACAACGAUUUGCUUCGUGUGUACUCACUUGACAUCGGGAGAGAAAAAGGGCGAUGAAAUUAGAAGAAAUUUGGACGUUAUGGAAAUUUUAAAGAGAACAAGAUUUUCUCAUCCAAGUCGAAUACCAGGAAAACCCACUCCACCUGACAACAUUUUGGAUCAUGACAAGGUAUUUUGGCUAGGAGACUUGAACUAUCGACUUGCAUCUGUUUGUGAUGAAACAUAUGAGCAACUAAAGAGUAAGGAUUGGAAAGCACUUUUAGAGAAAGAUCAGCUGAUGAUAGAACAAAAGGCUGGUCGAGUAUUCGAUGGUUGGGAAGAAGGGAAAAUAAAAUUUGCCCCGACUUACAAAUACUUUGCCAAUUCUGACAAUUAUGUUGUCCAAACAUCCACAUCUAAAGCGAAGCGCAGGACUCCCGCUUGGUGUGACAGGAUUUUGUGGAAAGGUGAAGGGUUAAAGCAGAUGUCCUACGUUAGGGGUGAAUCAAAAUUCUCAGACCAUAGGCCAGUUUAUUCGCUUUUUACAGUACAAGUAGAUAAUGUAACCAAUACGGAGAAAUCCACAUCGAUAAUCGGUUCAAACACCCCUGAGCCAUCGACAGCAGAUAAAUUACUUUCAGAAACUGCUGUUUUAUCCGCAACAGAAGAAUUCAUGUUCAUAACCAGGGCACAGAGUUGCAUACAGAAAACCUCAAGAAGUCACCCACCUUUGAACUCUCCCCCAUGUCUCAAGCAACCUGCAAAUGGGAACAGCAGAGAGGAUAAAAUAACAUGCGGGUCACGACAGAAUGGUGGAUGGUUGCUGGGUGAUGGACACAUGUACACUUGA